GAUUUUUGCCUUCGCCACAAUGGCUUUGACAAUCGGAGAGCGUGUGCGGUGCUUCCUGCUGGUCCUCGUGCCCAGGCUGUUCCUGGCUCUCUUUAGGCUGGUCUCACCCGGCACAAAGCGACCAAAACAUCUCCCUCCAAUCAGAAACCCACUGCUUACUCUCUCUGCAGUGCAACUGGCUGAGAAGAUACGCAGAAGAGAGGUUACUAGUGUAGAGGUUGUGCAGGCCUACAUUGAUAGGAUACAGGAGGUGAACCCACUGCUCAAUGCUUUGGUCAAAGACAGGUUCUCAGUCGCCAUUCAGGAGGCCGCUCGUGCAGAUAAACUAAUAGAGGAGGAGAAUGGAGGAGAGGAAGUUCUGAGGAACCGAUUUCCUCUGCUGGGAGUUCCUCUGUCUGUCAAAGAGUCAUUCGCUCUACAGGGUAUGCCCAAUUCUGGCGGGUUGAAAUCCCGCGGUAAAGUACUUGCCAGUGUGGAUGCUCCUCCUGUGGCUCUGUUGAAGAGAGCUGGAGCAAUUCCUCUGGGAGUCACCAACACCAGUGAGCUUUGCAUGUGGAUGGAGUCCAGCAACCACCUCUAUGGGAUCACCAGUAACCCCUAUGACCUCGAGAGGAUGUGUGGAGGAAGCUCAGGUGGAGAGGGAAGCAUCAUUGGUAGUGGUGCAUCUGUGAUAGGCAUCGGUUCUGACAUUGGAGGAAGUAUCCGCCUGCCAUGUUUUUUCAAUGGGAUAUUCGGCCAUAAACCUUCAAAAGAUGUGGUGUCAAAUGACGGUCAGUUUCCUUCAUGCACGGGGCUCCAAAAUGACUACUCAGGUUCUGGUCCAAUGUGUCGCUACGCUGAAGACCUGCUCCCUCUUCUGAAGAUUAUGGCUGGACCCACUGCAGACAAGCUCUCCCUCUCAGAAGAGGUGGAUCUGAAAAAGUUUCGUUUCUUCACUGUAGUAGAUGAUGGUGGAUCUCCACUGACAUCUCCAGUAGAUAACCAGCUCAUUCAAGCUCAAAAAAGGGUGGCUGCACGCUUAGAGGCAGAUCUGGGAGUUAAGGUUAAGGAAGUUAGUUUUCCUCAACUCAAAUACUCUUUUCAGAUCUGGGACACAUUCUUGGCUCUACCUGACAAAGAUGGCAAGCCUCCACAGCCUUUUGUUGAGCUAAUGGCAGAUGGAGGCUCUGUGUGGCCUUUUUGGGAGCUGAUAAAGAGGAUUUUUGGAAGAUCUGAACACACUGUGGCUGCUAUUGGUUUGGCUCUGAUGGAGAGUUCGCACAGCUCUAAGCCAUCUCAGUUCAUCCUAAAACAAAUGGAAGAACUGCAGAAAGAGAUGGAGGAUCUGCUGGGGACAGAUGGAGUGCUGCUGUACCCCUCUCAUCCUCUACUCGCACCCAAACACCACCAUCCCCUUUUUACUCCAUACAACAUCGGUUACACAGGGAUCCUGAACAUCUUAGGCCUGCCGGUGACCCAGUGUCCACUGGGUUUGAGUAAGGAGCGAUUGCCUUUGGGCGUUCAGGUGGUGGCUGGGAAGCUUCAAGACCAUCUGCCUUUGGCUGUGGCGCUCUACCUAGAGAAGGCUUUUGGAGGCUGGGUCGAUCCUGGAAUGGCUUAAGCACUGAAGACACUGGAGGAAAUGCUGGAACUAUAGGCAUGACAUAGCAUGUAAAAAGACAAUCUCAACCAACACUGCUUCAUCCAGUUCAUUUAAAGGGACAGGCACCCAAAAAAUCAUGUACUCAUGUCUCGUAUCGUUUCAGACCUUUAAGACUUUCUUCUAUGAAAUACCAAAGAUAUUUUGUAGAAUGCUGGUAACCAAACAGUUUUGGUGCCCAUUGA